AUGCGCAGCGCUGAGCCUGGCUGCAGCCCGGUUUUUGCUGCGCAAGGUGCCUGGGCAAACUUGGGUGUAGGCGACGCGUAUCGCAAGACCUCCUUACUGGAACUUUGCAGGAGCUGGCUUUGCCAAGGGCUCACCAUGUCUGCUGGCAUCGUGCUAUGGAGGGUGCUGCUUCUGCACCGGCAAGGCCUCCUGUCGCCAGCGGAGCUGUGGGAGAUGACGGAGGCGGUGGCGGGCGCGCUGCAGCGCGCGGAGCUGCGGCUCAUGGAGCGCGCGGAGCUGGGGGUGGGCGCCGAGGGCGUGGGCUCCAUGGCCGCCUCCAUGGCGGAGGUCUCAGGCGGCCUUGCUGCCACUGCAGAGACCGCCGCCGUGACGUUGGCGGGCCUGGAGGCGGAGACGGUGCUCACAGCCUCUGCAGUGGCAGCGAUGGCAGCGUUUGCCGCGAGGACCGCUGCACAAAGAAGGGUCAAAGAACAGUUGGCAGCAUCGGCGAAAGAGGACGAGCACCUCAUGCAUUUGCAGCUCGCCUGGCGUGCCGUGCUGCGACAGCACCCGGAAGCGGUGAUCGAGGCGAACUUUUUGGGUAUGCCCAUCAGCUACGAGAAGGUGAAGGAGCGGUGGCCCCGGCUGGUGGAGACACUCGGGAUUUCAGAGGAGGAGGCGCUGCGGAUUAUUCAGAUGGAUGCGACACCCUUGCUGGUGGAGUCUGAUUCCGUCUCAGAGGUGUUGGCCCGCCUCGCUGCCAUCAGCUCCAGAGACAAGGCCUUGGAGCUGGUGGGGCGCAGCCCGUCGUUGCUGGUCGGUGGGGCCAUGCACAAGGCAGACAAGAACAUGGCCGCGGCGUCCUUGAUAGACGUUCUCUACGCGGGACGUUUGUACAAGGUGCUUGAGGAAGAGGGACGGGACAAUGAAGGCAAGCUGGCCGAGAUUGAGCUGUACGCCGGCUUGCUCUCAGCUUUCCGGCCCUGCGUGGAUCUGGUGCUCUCAGGCCUCACCGCCCGCGACGCCACCGACGCCACGCGCCGGCUCUUUCGGACGCUUCAGGAGAGUGCGCCGAAUGAAUCGAUUCGCGUCCUACUGGGGCGAGUGGCAGACGCCGAUGAGCCUUGGUCCUACCUUGCCGAUCAAACCAGGGCAGGCUUCUCCAUCGGAGGGCGGCUGGCGCUACAGCCUGCGCUGACGCAGAAGAUCCUCCCGCACUCCCGGCCCAUUGUGAAUCACCUGCCCUCGAUUUACACUCGCCUCUCCAUCUUGGGUCCGCACGUGCCAAGCAUUGUGCGCAUCCUGGACCAGUACCUGGAUGUUGUGGAGCCGCACCUAGACAGGAUCAUGGAGCGGAUGGACAGGAUUGAGCCACACCUGCCGUACAUCCUGCUUCACUUGGAUGUGCUGGCCAAGCACUGUGGCCCCUUGCUUGACCACUUUGACCUGCUUCUGCCAUAUGCUGAGCUAGGCCGCGCUCGUCCCACCCCUGACCUGGAGCGAUGCUUUGAUGAGCCGCAGAUCGAGUCGGUGGAGGCGUGCGUCGUGGACAACCUGGUUGACGACUGGGAAGGUGCAGCAAAGGUGGAGGAGAAUUCCUACCUUCCCAAGCUGCUGCCCUAUGUCGACUUCCUGGUGCCGCACCUCGACGAGCUGGCGCCCCAUCUUCCCCUGGCGCACCCGCAUUUGCCAUAUGUCCUGCCCUACAUGGAUGACUUGUUGCCCUACAUCCAGUGCUUCACCCGUUUUCCGGAGGCAUCAAAGAAUGCCGAUGUCCUCGUUGGAUAUCUUGGUUGGCUCUUGAGAUUGCCUUUGAUUCCAAGGAUAUUGUACGUCCCGGGGGUGCCUCGCCUCGUGUGCUGGAUCAGCAAGCGGCUGCCGCGGCGAUUCGUCCGAGGCAGACUGGAGCGGGUCCGGAGGAGGCACGAGGCCGAGGAAGCGGCAGCUGGCGGCUGA